GAGAGAGCCAUCUACCCUCAUCAGUUCCUGCGAGCUUUUCUGCCGGAGGCUAUGAGAAAGCAAAUGUGAGAUGUUCUGCAAAAGCAGGGCUGUGUGAGCCCACUGAGCCUAAGAGUGCUGCCAACUCAUGGAUGUAUGAGCAUGACAGUGCAGAAGAUACCAGCAUCAGGAAAUCUCUUGAUGACUUCUACAAAAUGUAUUGCAAAAAACGGCCAGACAGAACGGAUCCCACCUACAAGGCUGCAUCACAGUGUCUGUCGCAGAAGAUUUCGGAGCUAGCAAACUGGGAUGGGACAAAAUACACGUCACGUUGCCUGCAGAUGGCCCAGGUUGUCUUGAACAGAGAUGGGUGCAAGAUCUUUCCAAACCACCCCACCACUGCUUGUUUUGCAAAGCCAGCUGAGGAAGAGGUUGUCUUGGGAGACAGAAAGAGAACACCCGGCAUCUCAGAUGAAGUCCUGCAAUUCCUCUUGAAACAAACACGGACAGAACGUAGCCCUGACGUGCCAUGUGAGAAGUGA